AUGAGCCAGCCAAGUCAGCUACCGCCAGUUCCCGGCUCGCCCCCAAACAGUGGAGUUCGACGACAUCACACAAUCUCAGCAUCAUCGAGAACCGCCCGCAAUGCUGCUAUUUCAGAAGAGACGACUGCAGAUCAAGAGGGGCCUUGGAAUGAAGAUGAGGUGGUCGGGGAUGACUGGGUAGGCGGUGUUGGUGCAGUGGGUGAAAAGUCUGGUCUCCACCGCCAGAGCUCGCUACCGACUCGUUACCAUCGAGGUCCGCCCCAGCCCCAGCUUUAUUUUACCGAAACUAAUGUUCCCUCGAUGUCAGCGUUCCAGCCCCAAGCCUCCGGUUUGUCUAGGUCGGGCAGUCUCACCGUCAAGAAUAGUCUUACUGCUAUCGCCGGCCACGAAGGUGACGAGGACGAUUGGGAAGGCGAUAUCGACGCCUACGCUGCGGAAGAGCAGCCGACUGGAGAAGAGGCCAACAUGGACCCUAGCUCACCACACGACACAUCUCCUCCCACUGCCGCUUCUGGCGUCAGACGACACCAGUCUCUGACAUACGGAGCUGCUGCUCGUCAGGCCCAAAAAAUACCUGUGACUGGUCUCCGUCGCUCUGGCACACUCCAGACUCCAGUUCCUGCCCAUCAUGUCCGACCCUCCGAACCAGCGGAAGAAGCGGAAGAAGAACAAGUCUAUGAUGACGAGCAAGACGUAUACGAUGAGUCGGAAUAUUACAAACAACAGCCUGCACCAGUCAGCCCUGUUGGGCGACUAUCACCCUGGUCUAAUAAUGGUGGCAACGAUUGGCGCGCAUCAAACCCGAACAACUUUUCAGGCAGUGUUGAUGACGUCCAACGGGCCCUUUCUUCGCUGGACAUUGGCGGAUCAGCCGGUUAUGGUGGUGGACAGAGUGUCCAUCCACCACGAUUCAAUCCUGCUCACCCUCCUCCUGCCCAGGCACCCGGCUUGCGGGGCAACAAUGGAAACGGAAAUGGACGAAAGCUUGACUUGGUCACCGAACUCGACGGGCGGAAGACUCCCGUGGGUCAGUCUCCAGGAGGGUAUGGGCAGCAAUAUGGACAACAAGGCAUCCCGUUGCGCACUUCAAACCCCAACCUCCAAUACGCCUAUCAGCAGCAACAGGCCAGCAAAGGCCAGCCGGUGCCCGCUCUUCCGCAACAAUACCAGCCGCAGCAGCAGCAGAGAAUGCCCACUGGGCAGACUCCAGCUCAAGGCUUCGCACCAAUCGACGUGCCGACUUUGAUCGCGACCAAGGGCUACAACCCCGCCACUUUCGACCUCAGACCGACUUAUGCCCGUUUCUUCGUUAUCAAGUCUUAUACCGAGGACGAUGUUCACAAAUCACUGAAAUACGAGAUAUGGAGCUCGACUGAGCCAGGAAAUAAGCGUCUCGACAAAGCUUUCAAGGAAUGCAACGGACGUGGUCCGAUCUAUUUGUUCUUUAGCGUGAACGCUAGCGGACACUUUUGUGGUAUGGCCGAGAUGUUGACGCCUGUGGACUAUACCAAAAGCAGUACUGUGUGGGCCUCUGACAAGUGGAAAGGUGUCUUCAAAGUGCGUUGGAUAUUCGUGCGCGAUAUUCCCAACGUGAAUCUUCGCCACAUCAAACUUCUAAACACCGCCGAACGCAAACCAGUGACCAACUCGCGUGAUACGCAAGAGCUGCUUGCUGAGGCUGGCCAAGAAAUGCUUCGAAUCUUCCACACCCACCCUGCACGAACUUCGCUUCUCCAGGAUUUUGCCUUUUAUGAGCUUCAAGCGAUGCAAAAAUCGCAAGGCAAUCAAGGCCCGUCAGCGCCCGGAAGUCCGAGCAGCGGCGGGGGUGGAUCUAUCCCCACGACUUCUCCGCAAAUGUCGCCAAUGAUGGCGCAUCAACAGCCUGCCCAGUAUGGCAUGAACAAUCCUAACGCACUGGCAUAUCAGAUGCCGCAAAUGACGCCUAUGAUGCAAAUGCAGAUGAUGGGCAUGAAUAUGGGCAUGCCCAAUCCCAAUAUCGGUGGCCAGUUCGCCAUGCACCAGAGCGUUAUGCGUCAUCCAAGCCCUGCGCCUGGCGGUGAAGGUGGCCAAAACUUUGGCGGCUUCUAG